CAAUAUGCGAAGCACACAGUACAGCAAAGCGCAUGGUCCGAUUAUUACAGCAAGAGACUCGAUCCAACCUCCUCCAACAACUCUCUCACCAACUGCAACAACUAAGCUGAAAUGGAUCCUCUAGAAGCUGAAGUGUCCAAGUUGAGGCAGCAAAGAAAAAAGCACAGGCAAAAGCAGGACAGUGUAGCCCUUGAAAAUGACCUAGAUUCUGAACUGCUACUACUGAGACCCAACAAGAGAGGAAAUCAAGCUCAAAGAGUAUAUACCCACGACACAAGUGUGAGAACAACAAGCAAAACGGCUAAGUUUAACACAACUGUGUCUAAAACUAAAAGAAAGCGGGGUAGAGUACCACCGCCUCGUGACACAGUACCUCUUCACACGUCGGCCACUGAAGACCAAUGUGUUGACCCUGGCUUUGAGUUUGGUGAUGUUCAGCUGUCAGAGACAGAGGAUUCAGUAUCAGAUAAUCAGAUGAGGCUAGAUGACCUGCUCCAGAGCAUUGAUGUGUCCAUAGCAGAUAACCACCCAAAAUCAGAUUGGCGAAAACGUAUGGAUACCCGCGAGGAGAACUGGGAAGCAUUCCGCAGCAAAUUGUUUGAAGAAGUAGUCAUGUACUCUUCAAUGCCUGCUGAUUCUGCUUGUUUUAUGUGUGGUGACGAAAGUCCUCAAAUUCGAUGUCAUCAGUGCGGCGCUUCACAGUACAUGUGCAAUAUCUGUGAUGUCGUAGCUCAUAAGCACCAGCCUUUGCAUGAUCGUGAAGUGUGGUAUGAUGGUAUAUUUAGGGCAAUACCACCAACAACUAUUGGCUGUGAAGCUGACUCAACUCUACUUUCUACUCAAAGGGUAUGCAUUCCGUUCAGCAUUCCAUGGAGAUAUCCUCUUUGUAGUAUCGGAACAGUGACGGUUUGUCCCAGAGAGUCAAAAAGGAUUGUAGUGAAUUUAAGAGGACGCUAUGACUUGAAUGAUGUUCUUCCGAUUUGUGACAACUGUGGACAAGAAAUCCACUUAGAAACGCCCCAUGAUGUAAUAAGAGAGCAAUAUUGGCCUGGUAAUCCUGCACGAAAAUCCGCACACAUCUUUGAUACUGAUUUGUUCCUCUUUUACAAUCUGUUGAAGAAACAUAAUCCUGGUUUGUCUGAAGUGGGUUUUCUGAGAACACUAGAGCAAUUUUCUUUGUCGAAAGGACGAGUCGGAUCACUAAAUCCUGCAACAUUUGGAAAGGCUUUCCGGGAGUGGCGCUACAGCAAGUUCUCUAUUGGUGAACUAAAGCAUUCUCCACUAUUUGAAUGUCCGUGCUGCACACCAGAACAGCAUUCUGUUCAUUUUGAUGGUAACAAAAAACUACAGAUAUAGCAAAGUCCCCAGAGGCUCGAACACUCAGUAUUACGAUGGAGGAUUCAUUGUGCAAAACGAAGAGGUAGAUACGCAUAUAGAUGUGCUGGGAUACUUUGAUGAGACAAUAGAAAGUUCUGGAUUGUGUGGAACUACUCGCUGGAGCUGCCAAAGCUGUCUCGAAGACAAUGGCCAAUCUUGAUGAGACUGGCUUGGAGGUGGCAGGAUGCAGGCAUGCCUUAGCUUUGAAAGCUUUCGAGGAGAGAUAUUUGGAUAUCCUCAUUACCUCCACACAAAGUACUUUUCUAAAGCGAAGUGUGUUUGGGCCGACGUUAUGUGUCAGUAUUGGCCCUGGGCCAAAUCAAAGGUGAACUCCUGUCCCGAGACUAAAGACGCAAUGUCUUCCCAACCAUGUUUGUCUGUGAUGCACGCUAAAGCUCACUCAUGGCAUUGUCAGGUAUUAUGGGGUGGAAGGUGGCAGCCAAAUUCAGCAGCUGGAGCUGGGGAAGAAAUGGAGCAGCUCUUUAGCUAUCUCAGUCGUUUCAACUUAACAACAAAGUACAUGAAUGCAGCUGGUGUGUGAUUAUAUUUUUGCUAAAUAAUUAGUGGUUAUCUAUUAGGCCGAGAAGAACAGCUAACAGAAGCAGCAAUGUUUUGGAAUGAUAGAAAGAUCAGUAGUCUUCCAAGCUACUUGAAGUGUCGCUUAAACAAGACUCGACGUGAUCUGGGUGAACUCAAAAAAGAAUUGCUUCUCCUUCAAGAUAAAGUUAGUAAGGAUCUGACCCCUGAAUAUUGCGAACAAUGCCGUCAAGAGGUGCAAGAAAUCGCAAGGAAUAUGUAAUUAUAAUUUCUGUCUGGUAAAUAGCUUCAUUUGUGGUUAACAUUAAUUUUUAGGAGAAUGUUCAGGUGGUGAUAUAAUUGAUUGCGAACAGCAAAGAGUUGACUACUUCCAACUGAAGAUGUCGAACGACACUGCAAUACAGUUGCAGCCACUGGUUAGAGGAUCUAAUUCAGCAAUGAGUAUUUUAACAGGCAAUGAACAGCUGUAUGCUGAGGCUGAAAAACUUUUCUCUUUCAUGUGACUCUCACCACCAGCGACGGAUGUCUGAAUUAAAGAGUACGAUAGUGCAAUCAAAUGCCAUUUCUCCGGAUCAAGUUGAUACCGAGUGUGAACUAGCUGCAGCAAGAGCAGCCACAUGCAAGUUUAAGGAACGUAUAGAAUUAGGGUACUUAACAGCUCAAAGGAGGCAUGCCAACAUUCAAAAGCUGUCCACUACUAGCAAACAACGGGCAAAACUCAGGAAAGCAAUAUCAAAUGACCACAAAAAACUCAAGAAAUUGGCAAAGCAGUACAAUGAUCUCAUACAGCAAUACAACAUGGAACUGCCUCAAGCCAUAGACGAAGACAUUUUAUCAGGGAACUUUCCUUGGUCAUCCCUUUCAAGUCGCUAUUGUGUGUCAGUACAAGAAAAGCACAAAAUUUCUACUGUGUACAACCAAAUUCAGCGACUGAAAGAAGAAGAAUCACUGCUACUGUUGGAGAUGACCCAGUACUUGAUGUACUUUAAAAGUUCUGUACCAAAUAAGCUUGAAUGUGAUAUUCAAGGUAUUACAGCUGAUAUUCAGUCUUUAGAUAUAUCCAGCGAUGAUGGCCUGUCUUCUAGUGUCACUAGUACAACACCUUCAGCUUGUUCAAACAAAUAUGCAGUCCUAACCAAGAACAAACGAACUUUGGAUGGACUUUUGGCUAUUAAGAGGAGUGGCCUCAGUGAUGCUGCUAAGCACCUCAAUUGUGCUGUUCAAGAGUUUAAGAAUGAACCUACGUUCAGCGAAAAUGACCAGCUUGCAUAUCUCAUGAUAGUGGAAGAUAAUGACUCAGAGAACGAUAGUGAUGAUUAUGAAUAUUGAUAGUUUGAGUAACCAACUGACUGCAUGAAAUUAUGAUACUAAAUUAAUGAAUAAUAAUUACUAUGA